GAGUCGGAGCUGAAAUGAGGAUCUCAAGCUUAUCAACCGCGGGACACUUUAGAUGGAAGACCAUCUCACGAUUCCAAGCCUAGGUACAAAUUGGAAUCCUUGCAGGAGCAGCUACCACUGUGCUCUUGGUGGCGGCCUGGUCUAUAUAAAUCCACCUCCUCAUGCAAUUCUACUACACAGCGGUCCGCUUGGAAUAGGAAGCGACCCCCAAACCCCGUUCUCUUCUGAUCUGCUCCCUUUCUCUACAAAGAUGGUGGUCUUGACUGAUCCAGCACUAGAUCUGAUAUCCCUCAUUAGAUCGCCGAAGCCCGCGGCUUGCUUCUCAGGUGUUCCCGUCGUCGACCUCACCAAGCCUGACGCAGCAGCGCGCCUCGUCGAGGCCUGCAAGGAGUUCGGUUUCUUCAAGGUGACCAACCAUGGGAUUCCGGUGGAGUUCAUGCGGAGACUAGAGGCGGAGGCUGUCAACUUCUUCUCCUUGCCUCCGGUGGAGAAGGAGAAGUCGGGUCCUGCCAAACCGCUCGGUUAUGGGAACAAAAGGAUCGGUGCUAAUGGCGAUAUGGGCUGGGUGGAGUACCUUCUCUUCGCAGUCACCUCGAAGCCAUUGUCUUACACUCCGAUGGACUUUCUUCGAGAACCCUCGGCAUGUUUAUUUCGCUCUGCAUUGAAGGAAUACUUAUCAGCCGUCAGGAAACUAGCUUCUCAGGUGCUAGAGCUGAUGGCCCAAGGGCUAGAGAUUGAGCCCAGAGAUGUCAUCAGUAAACUAGUGACAAGUGAGGCGAGCGACGGAAUCUUUAGGCUCAAUCACUAUCCUCCAUGCCCAGUGCUUCGAGGGUCGAACUACAGCUUGACUGGCUUCGGGGAGCACACAGACCCACAGAUCAUAUCUGUACUGAGAUCAAACAACAGCACAGGCUUGCAGAUAGCGCUCAAGGAUGGGAGCUGGGUCUCGGUUCCUCCGGAUGAAGAGUCCUUCUUCAUCAAUGUUGGUGAUUCCUUGCAGGUUCUGACAAAUGGGAGAUUCAGGAGUGUGAGGCACAGGGUGGUGGCCAACGGGAUGGAGUCCAGGGUCUCAAUGAUCUAUUUCUUUGGUCCACCCUUCGCCGAGAAGAUUGCCCCGUUGCCACAGCUGAUGGGGGAAAGAGAGCACAGUCUGUACAAAGAGUUCACAUGGGACGAGUACAAGAAGGCUGCAUAUAAAUCAAGGCUGGCUGAUAACAGGCUCGGACCGUUUGAGAAGUGAGAGGUCACUGAUGGAGGAAGAAGAGCUGGUGACACAAGAAGACGAGUUGGCACAGCUUCCCUUGCUUUUUCUAUCCAGAAAUGGUAUCCGGAGAAGGUUAUAAUACGCUGCUGCCUUUUCUUUCUUUGUUCUCGGUACCAACUCUUCUCAUGUACAAGCAAGCCACCACCUUUCAUCGUUGUCAAGCAAAUGUAUCUGCCUUAAGAGCCA